AUGGAUGGAGCAUUCGCUCCCAUCACUGGUCGCGUUACACAUGAGAGCCAGAUGCGACGAGUGCACUCGCGCAGCUAUUCGUUGACCGACGGCUAUAGCUAUAAUAUGCCAGACGACGAUGAGGUCGAAAAGGUUCCGAGUCGGAAAGAGGGACUAGCCGCUGACGAUCCUGACGCUUACAUUGUUAGCUGGGAUGAGCAGGAUCCGAUGAAUCCACGCAACUUCAACACCUUGCGAAGAUGGCUGAUUGUGAUUAUCUGCUCACUGGGCUCACUUUGCGUGACCUGCACAUCGUCCAUGUACACUGUCACCUAUAAUCAGAUCACAGAGGAGUUCAACUGCUCUCGAUUGGUCGCGACGCUGGGAUUAUCAUUCUUCAUCUGGGGCCUUGCGGUCGGGCCGCUAUUCCUUGCUCCUUUGUCAGAGUUCUAUGGUCGACGAUAUAUCUAUAUCUGCUCAUUCUCAUUCUUCUUGAUCUGGCUUAUCCCUUGCGCAGUAGCCAAGAAUAUUCAAACUUUGAUCAUCUGUCGCUUUUUCGGCGGCAUCGCUGGUAGUGCAUUUCUCAGUGUCGCUGGUGGUACUGUAGGCGACUUGUUUGCUCGUCAUGAGCUUAGUGCACCGAUGAUGCUGUACACCAGCUCUCCCUUCAUAGGUCCUGAGCUGGGUCCCCUCGUCGGUGGCUUCGUUAACCAAUUUACCACAUGGCGCUGGACGUUCUAUCUCCUCUUGAUCUGGACGGGUGCACUGUUAGUCUUCAUCGUUUUAUUCGUGCCCGAAACUUACCAUCCCGUUCUGCUCCGACGUAAAGCGCGAAAAUUGCGGAUCGAGACGGGCGAUGAGAGGUGGCAGGCGCCGAUUGAGAAGAUGCAACGCUCGGUAGCACAGACAGUCUUGCGGUCUACAUACAGACCCCUGAUCCUGCUGACGAUGGAGCCGAUGUGCCUGAAUCUUUGUAUCUUCUCCGCCAUUUUGCUGGGCAUUCUAUAUUUGUUCUUUGGUGCAUUCCAGCUCGUCUUCGAAAACGUUUAUGGCUUUGAGUUGUGGCAGCGUGGUCUCUGCUUCCUCGGUCUCUUCGUCGGUAUGCUCCUUGCCAUUUUCACGGACCCGUUGUGGCGGCGUAAUUAUGUCCGCCUGGAGGAGAAUCAUGAGAAGGCGACUGGACAAUCAGAUGACUUUCAGCCGGAGUGGCGGCUUCCACCAGCAAUCGCCGGGGGUCCCCUUGUGACUGUUGGCCUUUUCAUAUUCUCUUGGACGAUCUAUCCUCAUGUGCACUGGGUCGUACCACUUAUCGGCAGUGCAUUCUUUGGAGCUGGUACCAUCCUGGUGUACUCGGGAAUCUUCACUUUUCUAGUCGACGCAUAUCCGACCUACGCUGCCAGUGCUUUGGCCGCUAACAGCUUCGCGCGUUCCCUCUUCGGCGGAGUUUUCCCUCUUUUCGGUAUUCAGAUGUACGACAACUUGGGUUAUCACUGGGCGACAUCGCUUCUUGCCUUUCUGACGCUUGUUAUGUCACCGUUCCCGUAA